GUGUAGGCCAUAGUCCAAGAAGAGGAUUUCUCAUCAUACUGAAGGCUUAAAACAGUUUAAAUCCGAACCACUAAGUGAUGUGCUGUAACUUAGGCAAACUUGUUGAGGGAAAAGAUGGGAUCUUGGAGUCAGGGGACAGCAACUCUGUGCUAGACUUCGACAUUCUACAGGUGAUCUGAGGCGUUACUGGAAACAGACGAAAAACGGCAUAGUCUUGGAGAAACCUGUUUCAUUUGGAAUGUGAGGACUUGACCUUCUCUUUUUAUUUGAAGGGGGAUUCUGAAAGUUGUAACUUAUGGUUCUUAUGCUGUCAUGGAAGUCGGCAACAUAUUAUAGAUUUAUUUUUAGCACGAAUAAAAAUGAAAGCGUUGGCACAAUUUGACCAGGCCACAUUUGGACUACUGUGGAGUUUCCUUGGUUUUCUUCAGUGCGUGUACUGUGGUUUGGGAGACAACCAUGUACAUUCCAGUUUCAUUUACAGAAGAUUGCGUAACCAUGAAAGAAGAGAGAUUCAAAGAGAAAUUCUCUCGAUUUUGGGUUUGCCACAUCGUCCAAGGCCCUUUUCUCCAGGAAAACAAGCAUCAUCAGCUCCCCUGUUCAUGCUUGACUUGUAUAAUGCCAUGGCGACUGAGGAGGAAGACGGAAUACUUGAGGGCACAGGCAAAGGUUUCACUGGGAAAGUCCAUGGAAACUCACGCAAAGGAUACUACAGCUCUCCACAUGGAUAUACUCGCGCAGCUCAGUCAUACCGCGCGGCCCCCCUCACGAGCCCAAGUCCGCCUCUAGCAACUUCUCACGACACUAGUUUUCUGAACGACGCCGAUAUGGUCAUGAGUUUCGUUAAUUUAGUGGAGAGGGACAAGGACUUCUCUCACCAGAGGAGACACUUUAAGGAGUUCCGCUUUGACCUCACUCAGAUUCCUGAUGGAGAAGCUGUAACGGCCGCCGAAUUCCGCAUCUACAAAGAUCACAGCCAUGUUCGCUAUGAGAACAUCACCCUCAAGGUCUCUAUAUACCAAGUCAUCAAGGAAUACCCAAACAAAGAUGCAGAGACCUUCUUGCUUGAUUUUAAGAAAGUCAAAGCCUCAGAUGGUGGGUGGCUGGUCUUUGAUAUCACAGCCACAAGCAACCAUUGGGUGCUAAAUCCCCAACAGAACAUGGGGCUUCAGCUCUGUGUGGAGACGUUGGAUGGAAGAAGCAUCAACAUGAAGUCGGCAGGCAUCAUUGGUAGAAGCGGUCCGCAAUCCAAACAGCCUUUUCUUGUGGCGUUUUUCAAAGCCAGCGAGGUGUUGCUUCGCUCUGUAAGAGCCGCUGGAGGCAAGAGGAAGAAUAAUAACAGGAAUAAAACACGGUCACAACAGAAAUCCUCACAAGCGCCCAAAAAUGAUCAAAACACCAGCGAACAGAAGCAAGCCUGCAAGAAACAUGAGCUCUAUGUCAGUUUCAGAGACCUUGGAUGGCAGGACUGGAUUAUCGCGCCAGAGGGAUAUGCCGCUUUUUACUGUGACGGCGAGUGCUCGUUUCCACUGAACGCGCACAUGAACGCUACCAACCACGCCAUUGUACAAACCCUGGUCCACCUGAUGUUUCCUGAUAAUGUGCCAAAACCAUGCUGUGCACCUACUAAGCUCAAUGCCAUAUCAGUGCUGUACUUUGACGACAACUCAAACGUCAUUUUGAAGAAGUACAGGAACAUGGUGGUCAGAUCGUGUGGAUGCCACUGAAGAUGUUCAUGUUCUUGAUGAUGUUUAUUUCCAGUCCAUUACAAGUGGAGAGACAUAUCAAACUAAAUUUGUGGUAUGGUGUACAGUAUUAUGUAUAUUAUGUUCUCAAUUGUGCUUAUUUAUUAUCAAUUAUUUUGUGAUAAUGGUUUUACUGUAAAAUAUAUAUUUUAGAGAUUCAAAUAAAAGCUCUUGUUAAUCUGUUGGUAUAUUAUCCACCCUACAACAACAACAAAAAUGGUAUUUUAGACAAUUACGGAUACUGAGACUCACUGUACGCUAUAAUUUUAGACGGACCGAAGUUAAGUGGUGUGUUGGAGUACUCUGUUCAUCUGUGGGUGAGAGGAAAAAAGACUCAAGGCUAUAGUUAACAUUUAGCUGAAGAUGCAGCAUAGCAGAGGCAGGCAGGACUGCAUACCCUAUGCAUAUUUUCCUUGAUAGAUCCCAAAGCUGUACAUGUGAAUUGAGCGCUAAUAUUGAAAUGCUCCCUGAGCAGUGUUAUCUCGGUGUCCAUAGAUCUCUGAUACUGUCUUCACCGACCCUCGUCAUGGGCCCCUCUGUGGAAUGUCAGCUGGUAAUGUUUGUCCUCAACAUCCCCUCCCCAAAAACCACAGCAUUGGGCCAUUCAACUUUGAUUUUAUUUGGAGAGAUUGUGUUAAACAGGAAGGCCUUGUCUACCUGCUGGAACUGAGGUACUGCGUGUGGAAAGCACACCGGCAGUACAUAAAACUGGCAGGACUCUACUUUUGGGGCCAAACAACCAGAGUGAUUUGAUGCACCACCCCUCCCAUGGAAGCGUCGCCGGAGCAGCGUUGCUUGUGUAAUCGUUUAUAGUGGGAGAUGCAUACAGAAUGCACCUUGAAAGUAUUUCUGGUGCUUGUGCACGGAGAGAA